GAUAGAGUAUAGAAAUCUGUUUGAUGGAGUCCCUGAAACGUUUCACUAAACCCUAACAAGAAGGACCCGUACAAAAGACCAACAACCUUAACAAGAACGUUUUUUUGUGGCGACAUGGAAAUGGACCAGGACGAGGAAGAGUGUCACCAAGGUCAAGGAAGCUCUGGAGUGGCUAAACAAACCCCAGAGCAACUCGUGGCUAGGGCCAUAGCUCCUGUCAAGAAGGACUUCCUUCGUCCUCCUCCUGUUCGGGCUCCCUCUUCAAACGACGACGUUUCCCUCACCAACGAUAAGGCUCCUGUUGUGGUUAAGGAGAAGAAGUCUAAGCGCCAGCUCAAACGCGAACGUCGUCAGGAUCAAAAGUCAGCACGAAACCUGUGUCCGGAAAUUGCAAAGACAGGUGAUGUUAGUUCAUGUCGUUACAAAGACAAUUGUCGCUUCAGCCAUGAUUUAGAAGCCUUCAAGUCACAGAAACCAGCUGAUCUAGAAGGAAAGUGUCCUUUCUUAAAAUCUGAAGGCUCUUGCCCUUAUGGCUUAGCGUGUAGAUUUUCUAGUACGCAUCAAGAUGGUAUUCCUUCUGGCAAUCUGAAUGGUCUGAAGAACAGUUCUGAGGUAAAUGGGUUAAGCAAAGAUGUUCAAAAGCUUUUGUGGAAAAAUAAGAUGAGCUUCGCCAAGGCAGAUGCCAAACUCAAAAGUCUUGGCCUCGUGGGACUCUCCAAGUCGAAAAGGAAUGACUUGGAAAAUAAAGAUGGGGGCAACACGGUUUCAAAUAAAUCCGAUCAUUCUGAAGACAAUGGCUCUUGUGUAGUUACCUCCGACUCAGGCUCUAAGUUAGAAUGCUCUGCAGAAGUUAUAAAAGAUGAUGAAUCAGAUGGAAAAUGUGAAUCUAAUGCACUUUGUCCCCAGAAGAGAAGAAAAACUGCGGAAAAUUAUGGUUCUGGGGAGACAGAAAAUGAAGAUGUGAGUGUUAAUGAGCAAAUUACUGAAAGUAGCUGCAUAACAUCUGAACCAGAAGCUGGAACUGAUGUUACAACCCCAGAAACCGAUCUAAGCCUGAAGUUGCACUCACGUGAAAAGAAGCUUAUUGAUUACAGGGAGAAGUUGUAUCUUGCACCCUUGACCACUGUUGGAAAUCUCCCUUUCCGGAGAGUUUGCAAAGUAUUAGGAGCUGAUGUAACAUGUGGUGAAAUGGCAAUGUGCACAAAUCUUUUGCAGGGUCAAGCUUCAGAAUGGGCAUUGCUGAGACGUCAUUCAUCUGAAGAUUUAUUUGGUGUACAAAUCUGUGGGGCAUAUCCGGAUACUGUGGCACGAACAGUUGAACUAAUAGAGCAGGAAUGUUCAAUAGACUUUAUUGAUAUAAAUAUGGGUUGCCCUAUUGACAUUGUUGUGAAUAAGGGUGCUGGAUCAGCUCUUCUUACAAAACCAAUGCGGAUGAAAAAUAUUGUAGCAGUAGCUUCAGGCACAGCGGACAUACCAAUAACUGUCAAGGUACGGACUGCUUAUUUUGAAGGGAAGAACCGCAUUGAUUCUCUGAUUGCAGACAUUGGCUCUUGGGGAGCUAGUGCAUUGACAAUACAUGGUAGGUCACGUCAGCAACGCUAUAGCAAGCUUGCUGACUGGGACUACGUAUACCAAUGUGCCAGGAAGGCCCCUAAUACUUUGCAAGUAGUGGGGAAUGGAGAUGUUUUUUCAUUUGUAGACUGGAAUAACCACAGAACUGAAUGCCCUGAACUUGCUACGUGCAUGAUUGCUCGUGGUGCACUGAUUAAACCUUGGAUAUUUACAGAGAUCAAGGAACAGAGACAUUGGGAUAUUAGUUCUUGCGAGCGACUAAAUAUUCUCAAAGAUUUUGUUAAUUUUGGCCUUCAGCACUGGGGUUCUGACACAAAAGGAGUGGAGACAACCAGGCGUUUCUUGUUGGAAUGGCUUAGCUACGCUUGUAGGUACAUACCUGUUGGUCUUUUGGAUGUGGUUCCGCAACGAUUAAAUUGGCGUCCACCAUCAUACUAUGGGCGUGAUGAGCUUGAGACGCUGAUGGCCUCGGACUCAGCAGCUGACUGGAUACGAAUAUCAGAGAUGUUACUUGGCAAGGUUCCAGAUGGCUUUACAUUUGCACCAAAGCAUAAAUCAAAUGCUUACGAUAGAGCUGAAAAUGGUUGAUUCUGCAGUUUAUUUGCAAUACUGAUUAUGAUGAGAGUCAUUUUCAAUACUGACUCAUGAAGAUGUGCCUGUGGGAUAUUUAAAAAGCUGAAGAUGCAUAUGUGAGCAUUCUUAUGGAUUGGGGAAGCGGUUCAUAGUUGACCUUGAUUUUUGAACCUAUAUACAAUAGCUUCACUUCUCUAAUAAGAAACUGAACAUUUCAUAAUCAUUGACAUUUGAAAUGUAACUAAUAAUUGUUUUUCGAGUCAGGCCAAAUUGCAGGCUCGGGCCAAUAUUUAUUUUUAUACUUGCAGUGCCCAUUUAUGCCACCGCUUUAUUAGUUUUUCUUUUGUUUCUUUUCAACUGUUUGGAUAGAAGUGAGGAUGGUUGGUAG